AUGUUCCCCGGGCUCCCGCGGCCCCGGCCCCUGCCCCUGUCCCGGCCCCUGCCCCUGCCCCGAGCCCGGGGGAGGAGGCGGCAGCAGACAGCACAGGUGGACAGACUCGCGUGGGGCCUGGAGUUUGACGCGCUGGGAGGAAGACAGCCGCCCCCUCCCCACUCCCACGGCGAUGAGCCCGAGGCUCCGGGAGGGCAGGAGCCCUCCGCUCUGUUCCGUGUCCCCCGGGUCGGCAGGUAUCCUGGGGAGGAAAUGGGACCCCAAGGGCAGGGCCAUGCCGGGGGCACCUCCCCGGGGAGGAAGGCUGGGAGGGGAGCCCCGGGGACACGGCAGGACCCGGCCCAGGCAGGGCGCCCAGCGGGGGAGGUGAGCGAGCUUGUGCCCCCAGGGCCGGGAGGAGGGCCUCGGAGGGAGGGUCCCCCCAGCCACAGCCCGCGGCUCACCCUUACCCGCCCACCCAGGGCGCUGGAGGGCGGAGCUCACCCUCAGCUGCCCGAGCUAGGCUGGGGGCCCGCUGAGCUGCACCCCAGAACCCCUUCCCAGCAUCCGUCUGCCCCGUGCUCUCCCAGCUGGGAACCCCGUGGGGACCCUGCUUCUGCCAGCAAUCCAAGGUCCCCCGGGAACCAGCUCCACCUACCCCACCCCACCGCGGCUGCCACCAGCCCAGCAAACGCCCACCGCAGUCCCCAAGGCCGACCCGGAGCUCGUCCCCCUUGUUCACUGCUCCGGCCGCUGCGUCCAGGGCAGGGGGCAGGAGACGGGGACAAGGGUCGUGUGGGGCAUUUGGGGGCAGUCACAGAGGAGGGAGGGGCAAAAGGGUCCCUUGAGCAGGGGGUUCUAGACGGGCUGGGAGGGGGUGGACGUGGGCAGCAAGGGAGCCCCACGGCGCCUGCCCGAGCCUCGGUUUCCCCUCAUGCAGAGCAGAAGCCAUCGGCUCACGUAGGCCCGGGGAGGCCGUGUGUGUCCUGGCCGCACUCAGCCAUCUGGGCCGGCCGGCCCGGCCCCGGGCUCCUCCGACCUCCCCGCCCAGCUCCGGCCUCCCCGCCCAGCUCCGGCCACCCCGUCCAGCUCCGGCCUCCCCGUCCAGCUCCGGCCUCCCCGCCCAGCUCCGGCCACCCCGUCCAGCUCCGGCCUCCCCGCCCACCUCCGGCCUCCCCGCCCACCUCCAGCCUCCCCGCCCAGCUCCGGCCUCCCCGUCCAGCUCCGACCCCCUUGUCCACCUCCAACCUCCCCGUCCAGCUCCGGCCUCCCCGUCCAGCUCCUACCUCCCCGCCCACCUCCGACCUCCCCGCCCACCUCCGACCCCCUUGUCCACCUCCAACCUCCCCGCCCACCUCCGGCCUCCCCGCCCAGCUCCGGCCUCCCCGUCCACCUCCGGCCUCCCCGCCCACCUCCGACCUCCCCGCCCACCUCCGACCUCCCCGUCCAGCUCCUACCUCCCCGCCCACCUCCGGCCUCCCCGCCCAGCUCCGGCCUCCCCGUCCACCUCCGGCCUCCCCGCCCAGCUCCAACCUCCCCGCCCACCUCCGGCCUCCCCGCCCAGCUCCGGCCUCCCCGUCCACCUCCAACCUCCCCGCCCACCUCCGGCCUCCCCGCCCAGCUCCGGCCUCCCCGUCCACCUCCGGCCUCCCCGCCCACCUCCGACCUCCCCGCCCACCUCCGACCUCCCCGCCCAGCUCCGACCUCCCCGCCCACCUCCGACCUCCCCGCCCACCUCCGGCCUCCCCGUCCAGCUCCUACCUCCCCGCCCACCUCCGACCUCCCCGCCCACCUCCGGCCUCCCCGUCCACCUCCGGCCUCCCCGUCCAGCUCCGACCUCCCCGCCCAGCUCCGACCCCCUUGUCCACCUCCGACCUCCCCGCCCAGCUCCGACCUCCCCGCCCACCUCCGGCCUCCCCGUCCAGCUCCGGCCUCCCCGCCCACCUCCGGCCUCCCCGCCCAGCUCCGGCCUCCCCGCCCACCUCCGACCUCCCGACCUCCCCGUCCAGCUCCGACCUCCCCGCCCACCUCCGACCUCCCCACCCACCUCCGACCCCCUUGUCCACCUCCGACCUCCCCAUCCAGCUCCGACCCCCUUGUCCACCUCCGACCUCCCCGUCCAGCUCCGACCUCCCCGCCCACCUCCGACCUCCCCGCCCACCUCCGACCUCAGUAAACACUGGCUGGACGGAUGGACGGAUAGACGAGUGA